AUGGCAGAAUGGGUUAAACAAGCAUGGGAUGAGAUUGAUCCAAAAUUAAUUCAACGUUCAUUUAAAUGUUGUGAGAUUUCAAAUAAUGAAAAUGGAAUAGAAGAUUCAUUAAUUUUUGAUUACGAUAAAGUUGAAAAUAUAGAAAAAAUAACCAAUAAUAUGAAUAGUAUAGAAUUUAAUAAUAAUGAAAUAGAAAAUUAUGUUUAUAAUAGCAAUGAAGAGAAUGAGUUUAGUUUAUAUUAUUCUUUACAAGAAGCACAAAAUUAUAGGGUAUGA